AUGAACCAAGAUUGCGCUACAUGUUCCAAAUUAAUUGGCACUUCUCUAGUGCAUAUCCUAUGCUCCAAGUGCCUGAAAAGUCACCACGCUAAUUGUGUUAACCUGACCACUAAAGAGAUCGGCUAUUUCGCCGAAAACGGUGACAACAAAUGGGUUUGUUCAGCAUGCUGUAGACGUGGUAGAGUUACUCGUAGCAACUCGUCGUCCUCAUCAACUAGUGCUCGACCACCGGUCUCCCCUCAUCGGUGUGACGAAGCGACGGCUUCUGAUCCUCUAGCACUCAUUUUGUGUCAAUUGUCGACCAUGGCCAAUGACAUUAGAGACAGCAAAAACUCAUAA